AUGUCCCUUAUAUAUGAUCCGCUCGGAUUAUUAGGCCCCAUAAUAGUACAAGGUAAAAUACUGAUGCAAUACCUGUGGCAAUCAAAAUGUAAAUGGGAUGAAGGAGUUACUACGGAAAUUAAAGAUAUGUGGCUUCAAUGGAAGUCACAGAUUGGUAGUGUAGAACAGCUUACAAUUCCGAGAAGAAUGCUUUGUGAUAAUCCUGAAGAAAUAGAAGUACAUGGGUUUUGUGAUGCAUCGGAAAAAGCAUAUGGAGCAUGCUUAUAUUUUCGUACUACUAAUUCGAGAGAAAAUUAUACUGUUAGAUUAGUAUGUGCUAAGUCACGUAUAGCACCUAUUAAAAGAGUGUCAUUGCCAAGACUGGAAUUAUGCAGCGCAGUUUUAUUGGCCAAUUUAGUUAGAAAUGUAUUACAAUCCUUGACAAUACAAAUACAUAAAGUAUAUUAUUGGACUGAUUCCACUAUAGUCCUUGCAUGGAUAGCACGAGAGCCUACACAUUGGAAAACAUUUGUAGCCAAUAGAGUGGCCGAGAUACAGCGUGAAACGAAGAACGCACAAUGGUAUCAUGUUCGGUCGGAAGAUAAUCCUGCGGAUCUAUUGUCGAGAGAAGUCAGUCCAGCAAAAUUAAAAGAGAAAAGAAUAUGGUGGGAAGGACCACAAUUCUUACAGCAUAAUUCAGUAUUUGUGCCAUUUAGUGCAGAAAACAUUUACGAAGACAUAACAGAAAAACGCACAACUAACUUACUUGUUCUUAAAGAAGCGAAUGAAUAUAUGGCUAUCAUCGAACGAUUUUCGUCAUUAUCACGACUGAAGAGAGUUACUGCGUAUUGUCUACGUCUUGCGAAAAGGAGUGUUCAAAAUACAUCUCAACAAUCAAAAUUAUUAACCGUAUUGAAGUUAGAACAUGCCAUGAAAACACUCAUCAAAGGCUGUCAAGCUCAUAGUUUUGCAGAAGAACUACAUAAUUUAAGCAAUAAAAAGCGGCUGCAAUCUAAGAGCAAAUUGUUAACAUUAAAUCCGUUUUUAGACGAAGAGGGCAUCAUUCGUGUGGGGGGAAGGUUGUGUAAUGCGACUAUAGAAUAUUCUCAAAAACAUCCCAUUAUUUUGCCUAGUAAACAUCACCUCACUACAUUAAUAAUUAGAGAUGCACAUUAUAAGAAUUUACACGCUGGAUCACAAGCGAUAUUAAUGAUGGUGCGUAAUAAUUAUUGGCCUAUUUCAGGUAGAGAAGCGGACUACAAACACUUUGUGGACAAAGCUCAAUCACAAUCAAACUCGCUAAUAAUGGAACAGCUUUUUAUGCAAAGAGAGCAAAUGGCUCAGCAGCAGAGAAUAUUACUGCAGAUGUCAUACCAACAGAUAUUAAUUCAACAAUUCUUCACUGCCAUGCACAUUAAUCAAGGAAUCCCACAAAACCAGUCAUAUCUCAGCAAUAAUAUGGGAUUAUCUUUUAAUCAAGAUCCAGAGCCUCAGUCAAUUAAUAGAAUUCCAGAUAUCUCUUCAGCGACUACAGGUCAAGCUGUGAAAUUCUUAUCAUCGCAGAUCUUCACUUUUAGAGAUGAGACAGAUGAUGAAGACAUUGAAAAUUGUAUAGAGAAAAUAAAAAAUGUUGCGGAAGUUCACAACCUGUCUCCGGUAGUGAUGUUGGCAACCUAUCCACAUCCAAAUUAA